AUGCAGAUUAACAAACUUGGAGUUAAUUUGGCAAAACUAUUUGAUGAGACAUUGGCUCAUAGAGAGCCAAAUAUAGGUUAUGAUACACGUCUUGAACCUAAUGAUCUUUUCGAUGACUCUUCUGAGGAUGAAUCUUAUGGUUAUAGUUCAGAGUCCGAUUCAGCAUUCGAGGGGGGCGAAAAUUUGAAUGCAACAGAUUAUACUAACAAUAAAUCAUCUGAUUCAGUUAAACUGCCUUUGUUAAAGCAGUCACCAAAGGCUUUGCAAGAUCUUUUGUCUGACAAUGAAAAUAAUGAGUCAAAAAAAUUCAAUAACAAAUUCGAAUGUCCUCCUAAUUCUCGUAUUCAAGGUCAAUCUUGUCACAGGCAUUGUAACAUGUUACCAAUUCCAGGAUACAGUCCAAAGUUUACGCAGCUGUAUAUAUAUGAUAUAGAGAAGGAUAUACAAAAUAGAAUUCACAGAAUCAAUACUGAUGGAAGGAUAUAUAAUCAACCAACAGUUUCUGAAGUAGCUAUUUUGAUUACUGGGGAUGUUAAUACCGCGGAAAGAAGAGAUAUUAUUAUGCAAAAACAAUACGGUGAAGUUCAAAGGAUAGAUGGGUACCAUACCAGCUAUUUAGGGUAUCAAUAUCCAUUAUUUUUUCCGUAUGGCGAAGAUGGUUAUAGACCUAAUUGUAGAGAAAUUUUAGCAGGAACUAUUGAGACAAUUGAUGUUAUCAACCAGUAUGUUUCAGGAGAAGAAAAUGAAUAUUUAAGCUCAGAUACAAUGGAAAAAUAUGAUGUCGAUGACAACGAAGACUUUGAUGUUUUGACCACAUAUUUUCUUAAUGCACUUACAACCUCAAGUAUUUCUAAUCACCGGAUUAAAUUGAAGACUUUCACACCAAUAAUGCUUCUUAGAAAUAUUGACCAGUCUGAGGGACUUUGCAAUGGAACAUGA